CAGCGCGAACAUGGCGGGUAGCUUUCGGAUACCUGCUUAAUAUCCGCUCCAAACUUAUAUUUUUUUCGCUAUUUCUGUUCUCAAACCACUUAAGAGUUACGUUAGCGUGAUAUAUCUUUUGGUUUCGAGGCGUUGCUUGUUUUGAUUUCGCUUACGGGCACGUUUUAAAAGCAAAAGCUAACUAUUUUUUCUUCCAUCAGGAACAAUGACAGCCACUUCUGCAGGUAGCUCACUCGUCGCGAAAGGGCUGGACAUUAGUUUGGCCGCUUUAAAACGACAAGAUCCCUAUAUUAAUACUAUUGUGGACGUGGCCAGCCAAGUCGCUCUGUACACGUAUAACAACAGGGCAAAUGAGUGGGAGAAAACUGAGGUGGAAGGCACCCUUUUUAUCUACACAAGGUUGGCGUCUCCCAGACAUGGAUUCACGAUCAUGAACAGACUGAGCAUGGAGAACCUGACUGAACCAAUCACCAAAGACUUGGACUUCCAGCUCCAGGACCCGUUCCUGCUUUAUCGCAACGCACGAUUGGUCAUCCAUGGCAUUUGGUUUUAUGAUAAAGAGGACUGCCAGCGCAUCGCUCAGAGAAUGAAGUUUCUGACGCACCAGGAGCAGGUCCAGGCUCAGUCUCAGGGGGGGUGGCUGUCUCCUGCAGGAAGUGAAGGGAAACCUGUAGACAUUAUCCAGAUGUUAUCCAAAGCACGCAACGAGUACGACAAGGAGAAGUCGUCAUCUGAGCCAAAGGAGAUAGGGGGCAGUAGUGUGCUUUAUGGAAACCCAAACCUGAUCAAGCCAAUUCCUGUUAAACCAAACACUCAGGAAAAUGAGGGCAGUCUUUCUCUGGCUACUCUUUUCGGGACUCAACUCAAACUCGUCCCGUCUCAGCCUAACCCUGCCCCCUCCUCUUCGUCAUCAUCAUCCACCAACUUCGGCAUGACGUCAUCCACGAGCAAAAACACUCGCCCUCACGUGGUCCGCACCCUCACCUACGAAAACACGACGCGCCCGGGGCAAACUAAAAACUCCGGCGAGAUUCAAAACGUGAAACCAGAUGGAGGACUACAGCAGCCAGACCAGUCCCAGCACUGUCCAGCUAUUCAGAAGUUAAUGCAGGGGCAGAGGGCGACGCUACAGACUGUGUCAGAGUCUCCAGAAAACAGGCUGUGUGACAACGGGCACCAGUUUGAGCAUCACCACGUUUUUCACCAAACACAGCCACACAUCCAUCACCAUCAUCACGUGCACCAGCCGCAGCACGUUCAGCCUCAAGUUCAGCCGCAAAUGCAGUCUGACCCCAUCAAGAGACUGUUCCAGGGCCAGCCUCCGGUGGCAGUAGCUCCUCAGUGUUUUCCGGUGCACCAGAAUCUGCCCGUACCGCAGUCUGUGCCCGUACCGCAGUCUGUGCCCGUACCCCAGUCUGUGCCCGUACCCCAUUCUGUGCCCAUACAAUCGGUGCCUGUACAAUCGCUGCCCGUACAGUCUGUGUCCUUGUGCCCUCAGCAUCAAAACCAACCCUUGAUCUUCCACCCCGCUCAAGGGGAAGGUCAACACAACUGUCACGUAGCUGCGCAGUUAACAGGUUUCUCUGCCCAGAUGCCCGGUGUGGUCUCUCCUCACGAGCUCCUCCAGAAGCUGCAGAUCGUCCAGCAGGAGCAGAGUCGCGCCUCCUCCGACCCUCCCCCCGGACCUGCCCUCGCCCCCAGGUUUAUGGGCCCCUCUCACACGGACCCCCGAAAUCCAGGUCUGAACCAGGUCUCAAACCAGACUACAGCCACUGUGGGACAAAAGGCAGCUCUGCAAUUUCAGGUCAUCUCUCCUCAGCGUAUCCCAGCGACUGUUGCCCCGACGAUGCUCCUGUCUCCGAGCGUCUUCAGUCAGACCAAACCCGGUCCAGCCCCUCCUCAGGCCCCGAGACCUGGUCCAAACCCGGUCCAGAUCCUGUCCAGGAGCCAGCUCCAGGCCACGCUCCUGCAUCUCAUACAGAACGACAGCUCUUUCCUGGACUCCAUCUAUGAAGCCUACACCAGCAGAUUCUCCACCGACUCCUGCUGCAGAUACUGAUGAUCCUGAUGAUACUGACGACUGCGCUGGUCCCUCCGCACAGGGUCACACCGGUCUGCGCUCACCACUGCUCUGUCUACAGACUGUUAUACACCACCUAUAGCCACGAAACGUAAAGCUGCACUGUGUAACUUUUCUGGCCGAGGGUCCGUCAAAUGCUUUUCUCCUUCUUCUGGAGAUGUUAUUGCUUUGUCUGGAAUGUUUCACAGUAUGGCAUUAAACCUUUCUAUCUUCACGGAGACCAAACCAGACGAAGUUACAGGUCAGAUCUGUGGAAAACCAACCCCACUCCUAAUCAGAAUGCCUGUUUUUUGAGGUAUUUUUGAGCUAUAAAACCCACCUGUAAUUGAAUAAAUGUAAAACAGAGCUGUUUAAUGUGACACCGUGGAACAUGGAACAAUGACGUAUCCAUAGAAACAAGCAGGAGACGGACCCUCCACCAGAAAAGUUACACAAUGCGCCUUUAAGAUACAUAAAUGCAAUAUUAUACAUGGUUUUACUGCAAUAUCAAAACUUAACUUUAUUAUUAUUGGUUUAUUUACAGUGAAUUACUUAACUUUUAUUCCAGUUAUAUCCAUACCAGCAGAAAUAUUUCCUUUUUUCUUUUUUUCUUUUUUAACAAAUCUUGCUUUUACCUUGCUUAAAUAAUACAACUUUAACAUAAACAAUUUUACUUGGGUGUAAUUUUAUUUUCAAUAUUGUAUUUUAUUUUUUUCCCCUCAACAGCUCUUACAGUGUCAAUGCACAAAUCCUCUUAGUCCUGCAGCUAGUUUCAAAGUUAAUUGUAAAGUAAUUUUUUUUAUUUUAUUUGUACAGACAUUGUAUUUUAUUAUUUGUUAAUUUCUUUAAUUGUUAUUUUAGCAAUAUAUUUGACAAUUUAUGUUUGGCCAAGUUUAGAAACAACAUAACCACUUACAGUAUUAUUCUUAAUCUCUAAAUAAUACUUUAAAAACAUUACAAAAAUGAGAGUAAAGAGGCGGUAUAAUGCAAAAACAAUCAUUUUUGGAGCUUUUUACUAUGUUAUAAUGCUCUUCUCUCAUCGAAAACAUGCCAGAAGAGGUUUUAGAUGUCAUCUGUGCAUGUUUGAGUAAUUUAGCGAUCUCCCCCAUUAUUCAGAUCCUCCUUACAAUUUUCACAAAGCAGUUCUCCACAGAUAAACAAAAACUUGAUAGAAAACUGUACACUACAACUUCACAAACCUGAGGCGAUGUGCAGUAGUUUCAUUAGCGGGACGCACGCUGAUUGUGUUGUGACAGCGCUCUGAAAGGGGGGUGACUUAGCACGGAGAGCAAAGAAAGGGGAGACUCAGAGCAUCAAAAUCCAAACUGAUAAAAUAUGUUGAUAAGUUGUUUUCGGCGAAUAUUGCAUUUUCAAAACAAUAAAAUGUAACAUGGUGAUCUAAUUGUUAUGUUUUAGCAAUAAAUACCCCACAGACGUAAAAAAAACACUCCGUCUUUAAACAUAAAAAUUACAAAAAUGUUCAAAAUGAAGAAACUUGUAGCAAUUAUUUUGACAUGUACAGGACAUUUUGGGAAUAUAUGUGUAACGGCACUACCUCAAUGAGAGUUAUUUAUUGGAAUUUGUUUUUUUGGGACUUUGUAUUUUGGCUAAUUUACUGUUUAAAAAUGUCUUAAUUCUCAGAUACAUUUUAUGAUACAAGUCUAUAAAUCUUCGAGCAAUGACGAAACAAGUUGCACUACUGUAAUAAACACACACACAGGGAUUCAAACAAUAUAUUGCCUGUACAAAUGUCUGUAUAAUUUGUAUUUUAUGUUCAAAAUAACCUUUACAGAGAAACUAUAUCUGAAUAGAGGAAAAGCUAUUUUGUGUACUAUUUUUGUAUUCAAAAUAUUCAAAACUUAAACUCAGUAAUGCAAAGUACCAGCAGCUUAUAAAAAAGUAGCAGUGCAAUAAAUAAAAAUAAAAAGGAAAAGCAAGAUUUAAUUGGUUUAUUUGACACAACUGAUGUUUUUUCAUUUCAAAUAUCUGAUAACUAUUGUUCAAUGUGAUGGAAAUUUUACAGUACAGCAGUGCAUUU